AUGGCCACUGUAAUACCAAGCGUUAAGCUCGCAGUCUUGAUCGACGCAGACAACACAAGUCGCUAUGCAGUGAGCUUCGUGUUAGCUGAAAUUGCCAAGUUCGGCACUGCCUUCGUUAAACGGGCCUAUGGCGACUGGACCAGUGCUUACUUGAGCAAAUGGAAACCAACUCUUCUUGAGAACUCAAUCCAGCCAAUGCAACAAUUCGCCUAUACUACCGGAAAGAACUCGACUGAUUCGGCUAUGAUUAUUGAUGCAAUGGAUCUUCUGUACUCAAACAAGUUCGAUGGGUUCUGCAUUGUCUCGAGUGAUAGUGACUUUACUCGACUUGCUUCAAGAAUUCGAGAAUCUGGUCUUGUUGUUUAUGGUUGUGGAGAAAGAAAGACUCCCAAACCGUUUGUCACAGCCUGCGAUCGAUUCAUUUACAUCGAGAAUCUGUUGCCGAAAACGGAGACAGCGCAGUUAGCUCGCCCUGAGGGGACAGUAGUUACAGUUGAUCUAUUUCCUCCCCAAUCAGCCCAAACACCACCAUCGAAGCGCAAGAGACUGAACAGCGAAGUCGAAAAGCCAGAUGCCCAGGAUUCAACUGUAUCUGAAAUCCAAGAGGUUGAUAAGAAGCUCAAGGACUCACUGUGGCAGGCGGUGGAAGUAUCAUCGGAUGAAGAAGGUUGGGCGCAUCUUGCCAAGGUUGGACAUCUGAUUACUCAGUGGCAUCCGGACUUUGAUCCUCGUACAUAUGGAUUCAAGAAGCUGAGGGAACUGGUGGCAUCUACUUCACUUUUCGAGAUUCGACAGCGAAGCCCCGGACCAGGGAAGCCAGAGUUGGCCUAUGCACGAUGUAUUCUUAGUUGA